UACAUAUCCAAGAAGCGUUGGUUUGUCCUGUUUCUGUUUAUUUAAAUGGAAUGGUUUGUUGUCUUGUGAUUCAACAAAACUCUUGUUGUUAAAUACUGGACUUAUUCUUAAGUUCAGAAAUUUAUUAAAUAUGGAGUUCCAUACCCAACAGUUGGUGUGGGCUGAAUUAGUGGAUAGUCCACAUUGGCCGGGUGUAAUAAUUGAUGAAGGUGAUGUUGGGGCAGAAAGACCUUCCUCUGAAACCAACAAGGAAUAUGUACCUAUACAUUUAUUAGCACAAUCUGAAAAUAUUUGGAUAGACCAAGAUUUACUUUUACUGUAUGAAGCAAACAGGGAUCAAUAUCAUAAGGGUUCAGCAGAUCCAGUAUUUUUAAAAGCAGUAGAAGAAGCUGAUGAACAUUUACAGAAGCAGAAAGAGGACACUCAAUAUAUCAUUGCAAUAAAAUCAAAAGAAGUAAAAGUGAAAAAUGAAGCUGGAUCCGAAGCUUUAGUUGUGGAUGAAAAAAUGGAAACUGACUAUGUGGGAAAAGAUAUCACUGAUAUUUUUAGUAGUUCAAGUAAAACUGAAGAGAAUGUCUCUGUGUGUGACGAGGAAUCUAAGAGUAAUGUGACUUUAGAUGUCAAUAGAGAUUUUCAUGUACAGCAGAUUGUAUGGGCUAAGAUGAUGGGCCACCCUCACUGGCCUGCCGUUAUAAUCAAGGAGGAAGAUAUCAAUGCUAAAAGACCUUCAAAAAAAUCCAACAAAGUGCAUUACCCAGUGCAAUUUUUAGGGGAAAAUACCAAUGGGUGGAUAGUGGACACCUAUAUUUGUCCAUAUGAAGAGAACAGACAAAAAUACUGCAAAGGUUCAAAAAAUCAACUAUUUUCUAAAGCCAUAAGUGCAGCCGACGAAUAUGUGCGAAAACAAAAAGGGGAUCCUGAAUAUCAAGUUCCAAUAAAGCUCUCAAAAAAACGGAAGAAAGAAGAGUUACCUGCAGUUACAAAAAAAGCAAAGAAACAAGACAAUGGUGAGUCUCCUGUAGUAGACAGAAAGAAUGGAGAUGCAUCCAUAAAAAAAUCAAAGAAGAGUCUCAAUGGUCAGACUUCGGUAGGAGUGGAAAAGAGUGGAGAAUCGUCUGCAAAAAAAUCAAAGAAAAAUCUUAAUGGUGUGUCUACUGUUGAAGGUAAUGACUCUAACAAAGUUGAGGAAUCAAAUAAAAAUGAUAUGGACAAAGAGAUUAAUGAAAAUGGUUUUGAUAUUUUUGGGAUUGCCGAUAUUGAUAAGGAAUUUGCAGUACAAGAACUUGUUUGGGCGAAAAUGAUGGGACAUCCGUACUGGCCGGCAGUUAUAAUUGACGAAUCUGAAGUUAAUACUGCGCGUCCUCCGAAAAUUCACAAACAAUUUUACCCCGUUCAAUUUUUGGGAGAAUAUGCGAACGCUUGGGUUGAAAGCAAGUUCAUAUGUCCGUAUGCCGAAAAUAAGGAGAAAUACUAUGAGUGCUCUAAGAAUCAAUUAUUUUUACAGGCUUUAGACGAAGCUGAUGAAUAUGUGGAAAAGAGAAAGGAAGAUAGUAAAUAUCGAAUUAAAAUUAAGCAAGCUGCUGAUAAGUACGAUCACGGUGACGGUAAUAAACCGAAAAAACGUCGCGUUAAAGAUGAAAAAUCUAAUGAUAGUGAUGUAACUUCUCCGAAGAAAGAAAAUGCGGAUGAUGUAGAAGCAGAUAAUAACGUGGAAUUCACUGAACAGCAAAUUGUAUGGGCUAAAAUGGUAGGCCAUCCGCACUGGCCAGCAGUUAUAAUCAGUGAACUAGAAGUCGACGUCGCCAUGCCGUCAUCAAAAUCAAACAAGCAAUAUUAUCCAGUGGUGUUUCUAGGUGAUUUCACACACGCUUGGGUAGAAAAAAGCCACAUACACCCAUAUGAGAAAAACAUCGAGAAAUAUUCCAAAAGUUCAAAGACUCAGUUCUUUGCACAAGCGUUAGGACAAGCUAAUGAGCAUUUUAGAAAGCAGAAGGAGGACAGUGAAUAUAGAAUAUCGUUUGAACGUUCUCCAAAAAGAAGAAGUGGAGAGACAACCAGGAGAAGUAAAAGUUCUCCUAAGAAGGUGGAACGUUCCCCUAAAAAGAUUGACAUUUCAGUACCACCUGUAGUAGGAGAAGCAUUUUCGAAGAAAACAGCUGAUAAGUUAAAGAUUGGAGUUGUUGGUAUAGGUACGAUAGGCACAGAAAUAGUUAAAGUUUUGGUUGAUGCUGGUUAUACAGUAAAUAUGUGGAACAGGUCAUUAGCAAAAUGUAGACAGUUAGAAAAAGAAUUGGGACAAGGAGAGCAUAUUUCCAUAUUGCUGUCUGCUAGGAACGUCCUCGUUAAAUCUGAUGUUGUAUUUAUCUGUAUAUCAGAUAGACAAGCUAUAAAACACAUGGUAGAAAAUGAGUUCGAAGCUUCUAUGGAUACUGAAAAUUUGUUAAAAAGUAAAGGUAUUUUAAUGAUGACAAGCAUUGACGCCAAUGAAUCAAAGCAAAUAAACGAUUCCAUUACGAAAAAAGGAGGAAAAUAUUUGGAACUAGCUUUUCAGAGUGGCAGUCCAGGGUCUUCCAAAGAAUCACGUUUUUUGUUGGCGGCAGGAGAUGAAGCUUUAUUCCACCAUUGCCAUCCUUAUUUUAAAGCCAUAAAUUGCACUCCUUUAUAUUUUGGAAACACAAUUGGGAACGCUAUUAGAAUCAAUCUAGCUAUGCAGAUGGUCAAAGGUGUGAGUAUAGCGGCUCUUAGCGAGGCAUUUAACUUGGUGGAACGAUGUGGAAUAGAAAGGGGAAAAUUGAUAGAAAUAUUCAACAUGUCAGAUAUCGCAAGCCCAUAUUUAAAAAACAAAUCAGACUAUAUCGACCAAAAUAGUUUUAAUUCUGUACAACAACCUCUGAAGCAUAUGCAGAACGAUUUAAAGAUGGUCUUGGACAUGGCUGAUUCCGUGGAUCAUGCUCUACCAUUGGCAAAUACUGCCAACGAGAUAUACAAAGAAUGUAUUCGGGAAAAUUUUGCUGACUACGAUGUAUCUGCUGUUUAUUUAAAAAAUAAAAGAAAGUAUUUUUAGUGUUUUA